AUGCACAACCCAUGUGGGGGCACAUCGCAUCCACCACGACCACCGCACAUAUCAUCGAAAAACGACGUCGUUUACCACCCGACUCUCCAACCCUACCGCGCCCAUGAUCCCGCGUCGCCCUCGUGCAUGCUGACCAACGCCGCCGCCGCUGCCUCCUCCUGGCUCCGCCGCCGACGGAUCCGUUACUUCUUCCUCCUCAUCUGCUCCCCGCUAAUCCUCCUCCUCCUCUGCGCCGCCCUCCCCUUCCUCUGCGCCGCCGAGCUCUGCCUCCGCAGCCGCCUCUGGCGGAAGCUCCUCCGCCGCGACUCCGCUUCCGCCGCCGCCGAUCGUCUCCGCCGCUGCGAGGAAGGUUGCUGCGAAGAGGAGCAGGAGGAGAAGGGCCUCUUGCAUCGGUACCUCGAAGAUCAGCUUUUUCUCGUCGGAUCCAUGUACGAGUGCGGCGAUGAUGACGAGGAGGAAGAAGAUUCUAGAAGGGUUGAAGAUGUUGAAAGGUUAGGUAGUUCCACUGGUACAAACCCUCUUUUGAGAUGA